AUGAAAGCUCUACUCUAAUAAACUAUGCAGUAAAUUAAAUUAGAUCAAGAAUUAAAGAAACUUUUGGCUCAUCGAAGUGAUUCUUAAGAUAUUUUAAUCAAGUAUGAAAUUUGAUUAAGUUGUGAUAGAUUAUAAUCAAUUUUUGAAUAAGUACUUGAUAAUCACACAGAAUUAUAUUGGAAGAAAGAACAUGCUUAUACUAAAACUUAAUUAGAAUGUUCAAUUUAAGAAUGUCUUUCAUUAAGGCAUGAUUUAAGAGAAAUUGAUGAAGAUAGAACAGAUAAAUAAAAAAUUAUUAAAGAACAAAAUAAAUAAAUAGAUGAAUUGUAAAUAUCUUUAGGAGAAAUAGAAUAAAAGUUAAACAUUAUGCAAGAAAACAUUUUAUAAUAAAAAUAAGAAUUGGCUGAAGAAUUUGAACAAAAUUUGAAUUAAAUAUAAGAUAGUUAUAAAUAAAAAGAAUAAGAGUAAUUUAUAAAUUUAUAAUAAAAAUUGGCAGAAUUAGAGUAAGUAGUUAGUGAUUAAUAGGCUGCUUUAACAAAAGAAAGAGAAUUAUAAUAGUAUGUUGGUAAAGAUGUUAAAUAGUUAAAAGUAUAAUUGAAAACAGAAUAAGAAACUGUUACUUAAUUAAGAUAAUAGAUAUAAAGUUUAAAAAAAACAAAUGAAACAAUCAAUAUCGAUAAGCAAUGUUUAGAAAAUAGAUCAAAAUAAUUGAAAUAAUAAAAUGAAACAUAAUACAAAUAAAUAAAGUCAUUAGAAACUAAAUUAAUAGAUUUGAAUGAAGAAGUAGAAAGAUAUAAAAAAAAGAAUUAACAAGACUAAGCAAAUAUCAAAACUUAAUCAAAUGAAUAAGAGAAAAUUUAUAAAAGGAGGUUAAGAAAUUAUAAAUUAAAGGUUGAUGAAGUUAAGAAUAAAAUCAAAAUAAGUUUGCAAAAGAUCUUUUAAGGUUUAAAAUUGGAAAUGGAAACACUUAAAUUAUAAAUUUAAAAAGAAUUAUCAGUGGUUGCUACUUAAACUUGUUAAAUAGUGUCUAGAUAGUUAAAAUUAAAUUAUGAUUUAUCAGAAAGAGAAUUUUCUGAUAAAAUGGAAUAAAUUAGAUAUUCUAUGCAAGCACAUUUUAAAAAUACUUUAGAAAAAUAAAUUCAAGAAUUUGAAUCUAAAGAAUUGCAAAUGAAAAAUGAAUAUGAAUUAAUAAUCAAAACUUUAAAAUAAUAAAUCUAAGAUCUUGAGAAUAUCUAAAAAGAUUUAGAAAGGGAAAUUUAAUUAAGCUAAGUAGAGAAUAAGGAACAUUAAUUAAAUUUAUAGGAAAAAGUAGAAAUAUUGACGGAUUAAUAAAAGUAACUUUAAGAAUUAUCAGAUUAAGCAAAGGAGUAAUUAAAUUUGUUGAUGGAAUAAGAAGAAUAGAUUAAAUAAUUGAAAGAAUAAAAUGAAAAAUUUUAACGUAAAACUAUGCAAUAUGAAGAUUAUGUAAGCAAAUAAACAAUUUUACAUUAAACUUAAAAAGCUGAAGAAAAAAUAUAUAAAAAGUAAUUUGAAGAUAUAACAGAAUCAAAUUAACACUUAAGAAAGCAAAUAAAAAUUCUGUAAGAGUAAUAAUAAAGUGAUUAAUUUGCAAUAAACAAAUUAAAAAAUCAAGUUUCUUCAGCAAAAUUAAAUACUAUAAAAGAUGUUGAAGAACGACAUUUAAUAAGACUUUAAAAUAUAAGAAAAAUCUGA